AUGGUGGGCCUCCAAAGUUGAUCCGUCUGCCAGCCAGUACCUGGAGGAGGCAGUACCAAGUACUCGGAUACAUUUCCCUAUAAGUCCAUAGGCUUAACACUAGCUAGAGACUUCUAGAGAUAUUUUGUAUGCCAGAUAAGGCCGUCGCAUACCAGAUAAGGCCGCAAUGGCCGUUCAACGUUACGUGGGGAAAUUGGAGAAAUCUAAAGACUUUUUUCUCUCUGACGUCUCCACUCCGCAACUGGCAAGCGUUGUUAGCAUUGGCUCGUGUCGUCGUAAAUAAGAUUUGUUUGACGGAUAUUCUGUUAGUUGAGUGUGUUGUUGUAAUUUCUGAGGCUGUAUGAGUUGGACGGAAUGGCACCAUCCCGCCAAGUGCGAAAUCGGCGGUGUAGUGUGAAGGGUUGUGGAAAAACAAAGGCUGAUGGUCUCAACUUCUUCCAUGUUGCGAAAACCGUGUCAAGAGACUUGGUUGGGUGGCUGUCCUAGAAGAUGGCUUGGCGGACAAGCAGGUUGACGAAGCACUUGUGUGUAGCUGCCACUUCAACCCUCAAGAUCUUUUGCUUGGAGAAAGGGCUAGAACGUCACCACAUGCCGUACCGUCAAUAGCAGUCGUGGAAGGUCGUCGUGUAGCGCGGCGCUCCGCCAGCUGCUGUGCUGGGGCUGGCGGCGCUCAGCAGCUACCAGCUGAUGCAGCGCGCCGUGCUCGCUCGCCGCGGCGCAGUGUUUAUAGCGCGUGCGCCGGGCGCUGACGGCAGUCGUCUGGCAGCGACAGCUCUGCCGGUGACGGCACACGCUGCUGCUGCAGAAACUGGACAAGGGCCUGCUUGGGCUCCUGGUCCUGGAUCGGUACGCCGGCUCAGUCACCUGAUGACGGCGGCGCAAAGCGUGACCUACCCGCCCUACAGCCGGCCCAGCAGGCGGACGGAGAGGCCCGCCCGGGCCCAGUGCCGCACGGAGAGAGGCGGUGGCGCUGGAGGCCAACACCCCGGCUCGCGACCUGUAGCUGACGGUGCUGGAGCCGCGAGUCACCGUGUUGGCUGGCCAUGGAGACCUGGAAAAGGCCGGUGAGGUGCGUCUCCAGCUGCGCUGUCAGACGAUCCAGUGGAACGAGCAGCAGCCCAUGUACCCGUCCCGGCUGUGCCGGUUUGUCUCCCAGCUUGAGCGGCGCCGGCCGACCGCUGCGCUGCUCUACAACUGCCACGUCCACACACGAUGCACGCCUCGGUCUACUGGAAGGCGCUGCUGGCGCCGGCCCUGUGGGCCGGCUCCCAGCACCCGCUCACAGAGCAGGUGUGCCACGCCGACUGGCUGCACUGCGCCGACGACCGGGGGACCGCCGGCGCUGAGCCGGCCGGCUCGCAGCUGGACCUGCCACUAGAGACGGACCUGUGCGACCUGGACGUGCGGCUGUGUCAGACCGGCUGGUGCUGGGCCGGCGCCGCCCGGUGCGCUGUCAGCUGGACGGCCGGCCCGUGCUGGCCGCGCCCCAGGCGGCCGACGCGCCGGCUCCCGGCGGCGGCGGCGAGCGGGCGGUACGGGCGCUGCUGCAGCUGCCGACAGCUGCCGCCGCCGCGGACAGCUGCCCGCUGCUGGUGGUCGUCUCCGAGCCGGCCCUACUCUGCUGGCAGCCGGCACUGCUGCUCUGGCUGUCCCUGGCCACUCAGCUGGCCAGCAGCUGAGUGGCCCGGCGCCGCCGCCACUACCCCAGCCGCCCGAGCCGCCGCCGCCGCCGCCAUGGAUGUGCCCCGGCCGCAAGGACACUCGGGUACCUCGCGAUCGGCACGGAGCCACACCACGGAGAGGAACCUACCCGCAGUGUCACCCAACACCUCCGCUGCGGCGGCCGUCUCCCCCACUCCGCCGGCGCCGCCCGCCGCUCCGACUUUGGCCUGGCUGCCGGCCCUGGAGCGUCUGGAGGUGCGCCUUCAGAUCAGCGCGGUCACCGUCACCGUUCCGGCCGGUCCAGAGAGCGGCGGCGGGGCGGCCGGGGACGCGGAGCGGACGGCGGACCCGCUCCCGGCCGCGGCCGGCCACCACCCGGCGCCGGUACCGGGCCGGGUCCGCAGCAGCAGCGACUCGGGCCACCGGUGCUGCCUGCACGGACAGCUGGUCUCUGUGCUGCCGUCAGUCCGACUGGACAGCGCUGCGCUCAAAUCGGCCGCCCUGCCGACAGUGCCGGAGGUGCCCGUCCGACUCACCAGACCUUCAGCGGCCGCAGCCGGCUCCCAGCUGCGCUCGCCGAGCCAGACGCAGCAGGUGAUGUCGCCGUCGGUCGUGGUGCGCGACUGUGCGUCCAUCCCGUGUCCAACGCCCCCCCCCCCCACACCGCGCGCUGCUGCCGGGCCCGCCGUCGUAGUUUUAUGGCCUUGCGCCGUCAGUCGCCAGCUGGUGGUGGCGACCCGUGAUCGCUCGCGUACGUUCGCCGGCGCGCCCAUUGCAGAGAAGGGGUUCGCGCAUGCCCAUUGUAGAGGGGCGCGCCCCUUGCGGAGGCGGUACGCGCUACGCUGUAGACAGUAAUGCUUGUUGGGUAGCCCCUUUGCACAUUGUUUGUUCAUGGAUGUAAAUACAAGUUACAUGACUGAU